UUUUUGCAACUAAUCAUUCUUAAGUUAGAACAAUAAUCACUUCUCCAAGGGGUGAACAACGCUACAGGUGGUCUUUUUUAUGUUUCUUGUUUAAAUUGACAGGCUAGCUUAAUUGUAUUUUGAUUUAUAUAUUACUUUUUAGUUGAUUUAAAUAUCUUAACCCUUAUUUUCUCAAGUAUAUAAUACAUGAUAAAACAUACUUCGCAUAUAUAUUUCACUUAUUAUAUCUCAUAUUUGAAACAUCUCUCUAACUCAUCAUUGCAUCUCAUUGAAAAAUAUUUGUAUAUUCAUACAUGAUUUACAUCAAAUUUACUUACAUUUCUUAUUACAAACAUUUCAAUAUUAAUGAACUUCAUAUAACAGUCCAAGCAUCAAUUGGCCCCACUCAAUAUGAAGAGCUUUUAUACAACUAAUACAAGUACUAGUAGCCACCUAGCCGUUAGGCCCGUUACUUGCUUGAAUGUAUGAGAAAGUGGUCUACCACAUUUUGCAUUACAAAUUUAUAAUUGUUUUAUGUUGUCACGUUCUGGCCUUUUGAGUCUUUAAUCUUUACAUUGUGGGAAUAUCUCAGUUUUAUUUUUUAUUUUUUUUAUAUAAAUAAAAUAAAUUAAAAAGAAAGUGACAGAAAGAUAUUCUACCAAAAAAAAAGAAAAAAAAGCAGUAGGAAAAGGUGGAGAGCUCAUGAAAUGAUCAUUUAAGAACAAUAAUUUUGAUGGCUUUAUUUAAAUACUUGUAUAAAGAACCAGAAUUCGAAUUUGAGAAAGAAAAAGAAAAAAAAAACGUGGCAGAAUCUUUGCUCAACAAAUGACCAUCAAACAGCAUAACACGUUUCUAAGUAGCUUAUUCGGUCAUAAUUCAGUAAUUAAUUAAGAGAAAGACCCGGGUUUGAAGUUAAUUAUAUAAUAUAUUACGCCUAAUUGGCAAUCUUAUUCUAUACAAAAAAUAUCUCUCUCCAUAACCAUGUGAUAGCUCUGAUGAGCUUCUUGUUUGGUUCUAUUCCAAUUUUGUUAAAACAUUUAUUCCCUUACAUCGUUACAUGAAUACCACCUACUUAUUUAAUCCCUACUUUGUAAAAAUUAUGAGAUGACUCUUAUAAAUAGUGUUUAGACAACUAUACCCUAUAAAAUGUUUAUUUAUUUAAUUGCCCUCACUAAUGUUAAUUAGCUCUUCUUUUGAACUCUUAACAAAAGUGUGCGGACAUUAAUACCCUUAAAAAUAUUUGUUUACAUAUUUUCCCCAUUAACGCUACUAACAACUAAAGUUGUGAUGUAAGGACAAACCCAAAAAAAAAUUCCUGAAGAUUGCUAGCUAUGGCGCACAUCGCGUGCAUUGGCCACCCUAGUUCGUAGAAAAUUUUAUGAAGUUGAGAUGGAUAAUAAUAUUGUUAUAUACGUCAUCAAUGUGAAAGAGUUUCAUCUAUCUGAUUAAGUACCAAUAGUAAAAACAUUUAAUACACAAGGUUAUCCCGACUUUCAAAUAAAUUUAUGCAAUUGUUAGACUGGUAUGAGGAUUGAGAUUUCGAAAACAUCUUCACUACUUGUAAGUACCUUAAUUGAUAUGAAUUAUAGUGUACAUUAUUUUUAUUUUAAAUGUAGGGUGUUUCAUAUAGCUUGAAAGAUAGAAUACCGCGUACUUAGAACAUAAACUCACUCUUUGGUUAAACAAAAAAUACUAGUUUACGUACAAAUGUUUACACAAGUAUAAAUAUUGAAGUUAAUACUCCGUAUAAAGCAACUCUAAAGUAACCUUGGCUUCCGGAUAUAAUAAUAUUGCAAUAUAGGAGCUUUCUUAACCAUUAUUAGUACCUACUUUGCAUAAAAUUAAAAGUGACAUCUCUAAAUAUGAGAAUAUUUCUACAAAUACUUCUGGUUUUACCUAUAUUUCUUUGACUUUGGAGGUUCGACAGCAAGGAGGUUUCUCUAAUUAUUGGCAUCAACUACUUAUUAUUGAAUAAUUUGUAUACGAGUACCAACUUCACCUAAUGAAUCCAAAAAUGUUCAAUUUUAUGAUAAUUUUGUUACUUUGAAGAAGCAAUUUUUUUGUAAUUCAUCGUGUAUGCAAAUAUUGUUCUGAUAAACGAAGUAUUAGUAUGAUGGGGAUGUUAUACCACCAAAGUGGUAUUUCAUUGAAUAAUUUUUGUUAUUAACUUAUAAUAAACAUAUCUAGUCAAAAAAAAAAAAAAAAAAAAAAGAGAGCUUAUAAUCUACACACAAUAUUUUAUACUAUGAAUGUAGUAGUUUGUUAUUAAAAGUCUACAAAAGUUACAACAAGGCCGUGUUAUGAUGUUAUAUACUUAUAUUCUCCUUAGCUAUACUCAUCAUUUUAGGAAAAAUAAUUCUUUUAUAAGACAAAUAAUUCUUUUACAAGAUAGUUCAGAAAAAAAAGUAAGUUAUGCCCAAAAAAAAGAAUGCCUACAUUCAAUUUAUAACAAAAAUUAAGCUCUAAUAAUUUCAUAUAAGUACAUAUAAAUUUGAGUAUAGUAGAUUCAAGUAGAUUCAAAUAAGUUAAUUUAAAUUUAGAUAACAGUGAGAAUAAAAUAAGUAAAUAAAACACACAAUUAUGUUAGCUUACUAUGAAGAAUCAAUUCAAAUACAUCGGAUGUUAAAAUGAGAAAUUAAUUGAAAGAACUAUAACAAACUAUAUAGAUAUGAGAAAUAUUAGCAACAACAAGAUGCCCUAUAACAAAUGUAUAUAUUUAAGCAGAUGCUCAAUUAGCUUUCCUACAGAUUUAACAAAUCUACCAAUUAUUAAAGCUUUGAAGAUAUAUAUAUUAACAUUGUAUAUUAGUAUACUUUAUUAAAGAAUCAACUUAGCUCUUUUCUCAAAAUUAUUUAACUUAAUAUCAUCAUGUUUUUUUUCCAUCAUCAUGAUUUUAUUUUAUACUCUUUCUUCAAGUGAUUGCAUCCAAAAUAAUUUUUUUUUUAAAAAAAACCUCCCAUAAAACUAGUGGGAAACGCGUGUUAAUAAGAAAAUUAAAUCAAGACAGAUAUACUAUGCAAAUACCCAUUUCUCGUCUUUUCAAAAAGCACCAAAAAAACAAAACAAAAAAAAUUGAAAUCAUAAAACACCAAUUAACUACCCACAACAUAGCACAUACAUUGCCAUUUUCUCAUUUCUUGUUCUUGUUUGUCUCUUUCUCUCUCCUCCCCUGUUUCUCUCUUUCUCUCUCUAAGAAAACAAACCAAAAAAAAAAAAAAAAAAAUAAAAUAAAAUCAAAGCUUCCUAAAUAAUGUCAUAUGUAAGCAGAUCAAUUCUCAUAUUCUUCACACUUUUAUUCUUUUUCUUCACAUUUUCCAAUGCAUUUCAAGAUUUGGGUUCUUCUUCUUCUUCCUUUCAAGGGGUAAUUAAUAAUAGGAGGUCCGUUGCUGAAAAUACAACAGAAGGCAAUUCUUCAUUGAAAUUGGCUGCUCACAACACUUACAGAAGGGACCCACUUAAUCAUUUUCAUCGUUACACUGGUGGUUGGAAUAUCACCGAUAAACAUUACUGGGCUUCUGUGGCUUUCACAGCAGUCCCAUUCUUCGUUGUUGCUCUAGUGUGGUUUUUGAUUUUUGGGUUAAGUUUGAUAUGCACGUGCCUAUACUUCUGCUGUUGUCGAAAAGCUCCUUAUGGGUAUUCUCGAGUCUGUUAUGCACUUUCGCUCAUUUGCCUGGUACUUUUCACCAUUGCUGCUAUUAUUGGUUGUAUAUUUCUCUAUACUGGCCAGCAAAAGUUCCAUAAAAGUACUGCAACGACACUGCGUUAUGUUGUAGAUCAAGCGAAUUAUACUUAUGAAAACCUUAACAAUGUCUCACAUUAUCUCGACGAGGCAAAAAACAUUGGUGUGGGGCAGAUGAGGCUACCAGAAACUCUCCAGAACAAGAUUAUUGAUAUUCAGACGAAGAUGAUUUCUGCUGCCAAAACUCUUAAAUUGCGAACCAAUGAAAACUCUAGAAAAAUUCGCCGGGUCUUAGAUUUUGUGAGAUUAGCCCUGAUUAUUCUUGCAGCAGUAAUGCUUUUACUGGCAUUUGUUGGAUUCUUGCUGUCAAUCUUUGGAGUGCAAUGUCUCGUGUACACACUAGUCAUUGUAGGUUGGCUUCUGGUGACGAUAACAUUUAUCUUAUGCGGAGUUUUUCUUGUCCUCCACAAUGUGGUUGCAGAUACUUGUAUUUCCAUGGAUCAGUGGGUCCAAAACCCAACAUCGCACACAGCCUUGGAUGACAUCUUGCCUUGUGUGGAUAACGCAACUGCACAAGAAACUUUGUUACGAUCCAAAGAAGUUACUAGUCAACUAGUUGGCUUGGUCAACUUGGUGAUUGGCAAUAUUGCUAACACUAAUGUACCGCCCAAUACUCCUCCACCAUUGUACUUCAACCAAUCAGGUCCUUCGGUGCCUAAUCUUUGCAACCCAUAUAACUCAAAUCUGUCUAAUCGCACAUGUGCAUCAGGUGAAGUUAACUUCAACAAUGCAUCCCAGGUGUGGAAGAACUAUGUCUGCGAGAUUAAAAAAGUUAGUGGCAACGAGAUUUGCACCACAACAGGACGGUUAACACCUACAAUAUACAGCCAGAUGAAUUCAGCAAAAAAUGUGGGCUAUGCUUUGAAUCAUUACACACCAUUCUUGGUUAACCUUCAGGACUGUACUUUUGUGCGCAGCACUUUUAGCUACUUCAGUGCCAACCACUGCCCCGGAUUGAGGAAAUAUACCCAAUGGAUUUAUAUUGGUCUGGUGUUGGUAUCUGCUGCUGUAAUGUUUUCUUUGAUCUUCUGGGUUAUCUAUGCCAGGGAGCGAAGGCAUCGUGUCUAUACCAAGCAAUUCAUGGCUGGUCACUAAAAAACCCUUCUAAUAUGCUCUAGGGGAGGCAGAACUGCAGGAUAUAUUCGAGUUGGAUGUUCAUUCUUUUGUGUAUACAGAUGUAGUGUGCGAGAGUUCUUUGUACAUUAUUGUCAUUCGUAUUUUCAGACCUAGAUGGGCAUUUAUGUGAGUAUAUGUUAGAAGUAGAUACAAAUGUCGCAUCAUUUCCUGGUAUUGCAGUUUGUUGCUGUAAUGACAGUACGAGGCUUUGUAUUGAGACAGAUUGAUACUACGGAAUUGUACUAGGGAGAAUUAGCUGCUAAUCGUCCAUCUGUUGUGUUUUUAGUGUUCAUUAUAAUUCUUUAAAUGUCGUUUUUCUUCGUGUAAACACUUUUUGAAUCCAUACAUGGUUUUACCUGCCUUCAGUUAAA